CGAACUUCUAACACUCAGAGUCCAAAUUCUUGUUACAUCUAUCCUUCCUAGCAGAUAACGUUUCCAACAUGACUUUCCUUAAAGCCUUUUCUUUUGCUCUUGCUCUUGCGUCAGCGGUUCACGCAAAACCAAUCUCUAACUCACCGACUAGAGUAGUUGCUCGACAAGCCCCACCGGAACCAUCGUCGUAUCCACUGGGUGAUGCUUGCACGAAUGAGUGGAGGUACCUAAACUUCGACCCCGAUAAUGAAACCGACAAGGCCCACCUAGAGCUGCUUCACAACAUCCUCUGCAGCGGCGAAAUGUUAGCCAUCACCAGCUAUGGAGCGGGUGCAGCGGAGAGGGCUCUUAAGCCAUAUUUGCGUCAUUUUGGGCUCAACGAGGAGCAGGACGAUCCUGCAGAGAGACCUGAUGAGUACCACUUCCAGAACCACGUCAAGAAUGUCUUGAACUUGCUCGCUGGUGAUGGUGAGAACAAUGUCAAACUUGGGGCUGUCGUGGGAAGCUUUGUCGUCGACAACAAAGACUUUGGUGCAGACAUUCCAAAUGCAUCUAACUGUGAUGGACGUACUUACGCGUAUACCCUGGUCGAUGAACCAGUUGAUCAACAGGAGAAGAUCCAUUUCUGCGACAUAACCUGGACGGGCCGUUUAGAAAGCAUUGCAGACAUUGACUGCGGUGCUCUUGACCCCUAUCCUAGCGUAAAAAUGGACAGUAUCUCCCGUAUAAUCCUCCACGAAUGGACACACUACAGUUCGGUGGGUCCAAAAACUUCUUUGGAGGACAAAAUUCAGGACAGACUCAACGAUGAUGGAGUAUCUGCCUAUGAACCUGAUCGAACCCAUGGUCUUAUCGACCCUGAACAGGACGACGACCCGGUCGGCGCAUCCCUCAACGCCGACAACUAUGCAUGGAUGGCCUUGGAUGCAUACGUUAGUCGCAUCUGCGCUACAGAUCCUAGUGGUGACAACUGGCAGACAUUCUUCACCGAGAAUCCUCCCGACUACGAGCGCGAAGAUGAUUCCGACCCUGAGACACCACCUUCCUCGAGGGCUUAG